CUACAAGAAACAACUAAAUAUCUUGUGACAUCUCUCUCACCAUAUCGAACACAUACUCUUUUACAUGGAAUCACAACAAACCAACAAUAAUAACAACAUAGUAAUAAUAAUGGUCCCUUUUCCGGCACAAGGCCAUCUCAACCAGCUUCUCCACCUAAGCAGUCUUAUUACCACCACCUAUAACCUCCCUAUCCACGUCAUCACCACCACCACCCACGGUCGUCAAGCCACCACUCGAACGCCGUUGUUUUCCAAUAUUCCCAACAUCCAUUUCCAUCACUACCAAACGCCACCCUUUCAAUCCCCACAACCCGACCCAAAUGCCACUAUCAAAUUCCCUUCACAACUAAUCCCAGCUUUCCAUUCUUCAAUGCAUUUACGACAACCUUUUAAUGACUUACUCUCAACCCUUUCGCAUGGUGCGAAAAGGGUGGUUGUGAUCCAUGAUUCCCUCAUGGGUUCUGUAGUUCAAGAUGUCAAGUUGUUGGCCGCGGAUAAUAAUGUUGAAACUUAUAUGUUUUAUUGUUGCUCGGCUUUUGCUUCCUUUUGGUACAUGAAUGACGCAUCAGCUGGCAAGCUUAAACUUGACGAAGAACUUGAAUUGUUAUUAAAAGAAGUUCCUUCUAAUGAUGAUUGUUAUACUAUGGAUGAUUGGCAAUUUAUUGCUUCCUUAGAUGUAUCUUACAAGACGUUUUCAUCUGGUACAAUUUAUGAUGCAAGUAGGGUUAUUGAAGGCAAAUUCAUUGAUCUAGUGGAAAAAGAAAAUUAUCAAAAUGAUAAAACACUUUGGCCUCUAGGCCCGUUCAACCCGGUUGAGAUAAAAUGUGAUUCUAGUCAUAAAAGACAUAAAUUGUUUGAAUGGCUUGACAAACAAGAGCCUAAUUCGGUCCUAUAUGUUUCAUUUGGUACUACAACUUCGAUUAGCAAUGAGCAAAUACAAGAGCUUGCUCUGGGUUUAGAGAAAAGCGAGCACAAAUUCAUUUGGGUGUUGAGAGAUGCGGAUAAAGGCGAUAUAUUUGAAGGUGAAGUUAGAAAGAUUGAAUUGCCAAAAGGGUUUGAAGAGAGGGUGGGAGAGAAUGGGUUGGUGGUAGUAGACUGGGCGCCCCAGUUGGAAAUAUUGGGACACCCGUCCACGGGAGGAUUUAUGAGUCAUUGUGGGUGGAAUUCGAGUAUGGAGGGUAUGACCAUGGGUGUUCCUAUUCUUGCGUGGCCGAUGCAUUCUGAUCAGCCACGCAACGCUAUGUUGAUAACUAAGGUUUUAAAUGUUGGGAUGUAUGUAAGGGAUUGGACUCAAAGAAAGGAGAUGGUGAAUUCGGGGGUGAUAGAAGACGUGGUUAGGCGAUUGAUGGCAUCAAAGGAAGGGGAUGAGAUACGGAAAAGGGCAGUCGAGCUUGGUGAUAGGAUUCGACAAUCCAUGGAGAUUGGUGGUGUUACACGGUUAGAGUUGGACUCAUUUGUUGCCCAUGUUACAAGAUAG